AUGAUUGGACGCACUUUGUCAGUUAUUUUCAAGUGGAAACACAAUACCACAGAAAAAUACCAUCACACUGUCACUAAUCAAAUGAGCAAACCUCUGGUCUUAAUAGUGGCAUUGUUUGCCCUGUUGUUGAGUGUUGUUUUAUUUUCAACGACUCUUGUCAAUUGCCAAUAUUCAGUGAUCAAUGGAAGACCCGUCAUGCAAAAUCCACAAUAUGGAGCAUACCCUCCUCAGCAAAUGCCUCCUCCCCAGCAAGGCAUGUAUCCUCCCCAAGGACAACCUGGUGCACAACCACAGCAACAACAACAACAACAACAAAGCACGCCCAAGUCUCGUGUAUCCACUGCCAUUAAUAAUAUCAAAAUGCAAUUGAAUAUGAUCACCUCGUUUGGUUCAUUCUGUUGGGGAGAUAGUGGCUUCAAAGAUUGUAACUUGGUAGAAUCUGCUGCUAGAACCAUUUUGUCAAAUAUCAUACAGUUGCAAAAUGAAGAAACUGGAGGAUUUGCUGGACAACCAGAAGAUUGGAAAAUUGUCAAGGAAACACUUGUACCACUCUCUCAGCAACUCAUUACUGAAUCUCAAAAUAAGGACUGGAAAGCAUAUCAAACGACUGCUGCUAAAAUUGAUGCUGCUGUUGCAAGGUUCAGAGGAAAUUAUCAAGAAAAUCAACAACAACAACAGCAACAAGGAGGUCAACCACAAGGACCAUAUCCACAACAAGGAGUUCCUCCUCCACAGCAACAACCACCUCAACAGAUUCCUCCUCCACAGCAAGGAGUUCCUCCUCUUCAACAGCAACAACCAGCUCAAGGCGUGCGACCACAACCUUUGCCUAUUACAAAUACACCACAACCACAACCUUUGCCAGCCACUGCUGUAGCUCCACAGCCAACUCCUGCAGCGACACCUGCAGCCAAUACUGGACAGCAACCUCAACAACAAUUCCAGUCUGGAGGAAAUCCAACCCCACAACAAGGUGCCUAUGGUCAGCAGUAUCCAACAACUUAUCCUUAUAAUUAUCCUCAACAAGGAGCUUAUGGCCAAUAUCCUCAACAGGGUGGCUAUAGACAACAAUAUCCUCAACAAGGAGCCUAUGGUCAGCAAUAUCCUCAACAAGGUGAUUACAGCUAUCCACAACAGCAAUAUCCUGGUUAUGGUCAGUAUCCUUACUAUUCUCAAUACUAUCCUCAACAAGGAGGUUAUGGCCAAUACCCUCAACAAGGAGGUUAUGGUCAAUAUCCUCAACAGGGUGGCUAUGGUCAGCAAUAUCCACAAACUGGAGCUUAUGGUCAAUAUCCUGGUUAUGGAUACAACUAUCCAUCAAGUUAUGGCUAUCCUUCUGGUUAUCCUCAAACGUAUCCAGGCAGUUAUGGUCAGCAACCACAAUAUUCACAAAGUACCACUUCAAGCUCAUCAAACGAGUAA